AUGGGUGGCCCAGACCCAGCAGAGGUCGAGUGUUGGAUUUCUGAUGUGGAGCGGAUCUUUGAGGUGCUGGAGUGCCCAAUUGGAGAUAGAGUCCGUUUGGCUACCUUUAUGCUAAAAGGAAAUGCUUAUCACUGGUGGAAAGCCGCAAAAAGGGGCUAUGAGGAUCCAGCUGCUAUUACUUGGGAGGAAUUCCAGAGGGUCUUCUCCGACCAAUUUUAUCCACCUUCUUACCGGUAUGCUAAGAAGUCAGAGUUCCUAUAUCUGAAACAGGGGUCAAUGUUGGUGGCAGAGUAUGAACAUAAGUUUAAUGAACUGUCAAGGUUUGCACCAGAGUUAGUGGCUACUAAAGAGGAUAGGUGCAGGCGCUUUGAAGGCGGUUUGUGGUGA